GCAUAAGGAAAUUAAUAGUGAGAUAGCAUCCACUUUAAUGUUAUAACAUUACACAUUACACAAAUAAAUACCAACAAUAAUAACAUAGUCAAAAAAGCAUACUGUCUUGCACUCCGUACAACUGUUCUCCUUCACGCAACCCUCCAACCCAACCCUACAAUAAACCAUUCCAUCAAACAAAUUGGUGCCUUCAAGGUUCAGCAAUGGCAGAAUCUAACGGAUACUCAACUUACAAUCAACAAUCAAGAUCCACCACAAGCAUUCACGUAACCGCACUAGACGGUCUAGUAAACGUCAACUCACUCUUCACAAUAGCAGUAUUCGUCGGCCUAUCUCUCACCACCCCAGGCCAACGCAGCCUGGAGAACCGGUCCGCCUGCGACUCAGAUAUCUCAGUUGCUAAAAAGCUUCUCGUGUUCGAAGUCGUAUCUUUUAGUUUCUUUUUAUUCUCAUCACUUGUUGCUCAAGGGUUGAAACUGGCAAUUAAUUUGCUCAACAGUAAGGAUGUUGAUGAUGCGUUUAGGGCACAUAUUAAUUUGAAGGCGUUGCGGUUUGGGAUGUUGGGAUCGGCUCUUGGGUCGGUUAUGGGGUGCUUGUUUUUGAUGCUUUCGAUGGUGAAUGUGAUUGAGAUUCGGUUGGGGAUGUUGAGUUGUGGGAGUAGAUCUACGGUUAAUGCGGUUGCUUCUAUGAUUGUGUUGGUUACUUCUGCUCUUUUGGUUUAUAUUUCUACUGCUGUUUAUGCUUUUUUGCAUUGAUAAUGUGUUAACGAAGAAGUUUAAUAUAUAUAUUUUCAUUUGUAAUUUCUGAUUUGAAGCUUC